AUGGUCCGGACAUUCCAGGUGCAUAAGCUCAAAUCAUGGCCCUGUAAUCAUUCGCCGUGGUCAUCUCAAAAGAAGGGUGGAACAUGGACUAAUGUUGCUUACUUUAAGACAGACACCUGCUUGCAGCUGUAUAUAUUAAAUCAUAACUGUAUAUUGUAUUUUCAGACAUAUGACCCAGCUAAUUCGGGUAUCAAAACAAGAUCCUACCAUCGAGAUUUGCCAAAUGCUGAACAACAAAAUCAGCCAUCUCCGCCGUACACAAACACACAUCCUCACGACUCCAGGUUUAGCCCCAGUUAUGAUAAUACAAAUUACGGUGCCCCCUCAUUGAGGUUAUCACCACCCGAUUCUCACCAACACACUGAUGGGCCGCACAGGCAGCAACAACAGCAACAGCAGCAGCCUUCAUAUCAACACCAGCACCAGCAACAUUCAAACCCACAACAAGCCGAGUCUCAUCAGCAACGCGAGCAGCCGAUAUUUAAUCGCCCAGCGCACGUGCGUCAUUCGCCGCCCUCAGAGCGACAAGUGGAGGGUACUUGGAGUGGGACAGAGAACUCAAUAGGCGACUACAAUAGUGGUUGUCCGCCACAACACACUGGGCCAGUACCAUAUCCGUAUGAUUGUCGUCGUUUUGUAAACUGUUGGCAUGGUCGCGGCCACAUACAGAGUUGUGGUCCAGGUACAGUUUUUAAUCGUGAAACACUCGAAUGUGAUCGCCCUGAUAAGGUGGUUUGUGGCACACCGGGCGUGAAUGGAGUUAGCAGUGAGCUGAACGUGAGGCAAACAACGCUACAGACGGCGUCGAAUCCUAAUAAAUAUCGUGCAGGUCGACUCCUAGAUGUCAGCACAGGUAAUGUGGAUUCGCUUUGUCCUGCGGGCGCGAAUGGCUUGGCGCCGCAUCCAACGGAUUGUACGAAGUUUUUGAAUUGUGCUAAUGGUAAUACGCAUGUACAAAACUGUGGACCCGGCACUGCAUACAGCAUUUCAAUGAAGACGUGUGAUUUCAAGGAGAAAGUGGAUUGCAGUGGUCGGGAGAAUGGUGGAAAUGGGGCAUUGAAUAGUCGAGAUGGACGUCAGUAUGAAAAUAACAAUUAUGACAAUACCAGAGGCGAGGAGAACGGCUCGACCGCUAACAAAGAAGGCGAUAUUUUCUGCCCACCAGGCGUAAUUGGCCUCUUUCCACAUCCAUUCGACUAUACGAGUUUCCUGAAUUGUAAACUCGGUAAUACGGCCAUACAAAACUGUAUGCCUGGGUCAGUGUACAGCAUAUCGAGGAAUUACUGUGAUCUUAAAGAAAAAACGCACUACACCGAUCACGUCGAUUACGUUAUUUCUGAAAGGCAACAAUUGCCUUCGACGAUGGUCAGUUGUCCACCGAGCACGGAUGGCAAUCAUUUAUAUCCAUAUGACUCUACAAAGUUUAUUACUUGCCGGCAAGGACGCAUGUCGAUUGACAAAUGCGGGUCGCAUAAGGUUUUCAGUAUAUCAGCGCAGACAUGUCGUUCGGAAAGUGAAGUGAAUAUUGACGAUCGUGUGCGCAAUGCAGUGACAGCCAAUACGAAUGCCGAAAUCAGAGACUCGCGGAAUUUAGCACUCAACUACGUAGGUCAGCCGCUCGAUUGCCCUCAAGGUCAAUCUGGUUUAUAUCCACAUCCUUUUGAUUGUAGAAAAUUUAUGCUAUGCCGCAAUGGAAAGUUGAGCGUAGAAAGUUGCAAAACGGGCAAUGUUUUCAGUUUGUCUGCCAAACAUUGUGAUCCCAAGGAACUUGUUAACGUCAAUGAACAAGUUCAAUUUCAGCUUGACGUAGGCCAAGAUAGGGUCUCUGAAUCGGAUUACAAUUACAUCAAUUCAAAUCGAGAAGCAGUUAAAUUGAUUUGUCCCCAAAAUAUGGAUGGGCUUUUCUUACAUCCGUUCGAUUGUACCAAAUAUCUUAGCUGCCAUAAUGGGCAAAGUCAAGUAGGAAGUUGUCCGCCGGGUAAAGUAUUCAGCAUAUCGCGCAGGCAAUGUAUAAAUCGCAAUCAAGUAGAUGCAUACGAUCGUGUGGAAUAUCUAAGUGAGGUUAAACACGAAUUCUCAACAGAAUUGAGUCAAGAUCAAUUGCUCGAGACAACAUGUACUUCAGAUGCUAACAGUGUCUAUCCAUACCCUUACGAUAAUACGAAAUAUAUAAAAUGUAGCCGUGGGCAUGGAACUAUUGAAAAUUGUGUAAAGGGUAUGAUAUUUAGCACAACCCGAAGAUACUGCGACUAUGAAACGAAAGUAAAUGAAUAUGAUCGUGACUGGCGGUCGGAUAAUGGAUAUGACAAUCACAAAGCAGGCGCUGACGUUCAGGAAGCUGGAGUAAUAAGUGAGAGAGAACCAAAAGAUGUGAGUGCAGACGCUGAUGUGGAAUGUCCACCUAAAGCGGUAGGCACAUAUCCGCAUCCGUAUGAUUGUAGAAAAUUCCUUGCAUGUUCGCAUGGCGUGACUGAAGUUAAGGAGUGUGCUCCUGGCACUGCAUGGAGCGCAGAGAUGGAGGUUUGUGACUUUGAAAAAAAUGUAAAUUGUGUACAAGGCACAAAGUUACCUAAUACAGCAGUAAAUACGAUAAUUGAGGAUAAGGUCGCAUGUCCGCCGAAUAUGCAAGGUCUCUUCUUGCAUCCAUUUAAUGCACAGCAUUUUGUGAAUUGCAAUAAUGGUGAGACGAUCAUACAAACCUGUCAGACGGGCAGCGUUUUUAGUAUUUCGCAGAGAAUGUGUCUUGCGGCAAGGGAAGUCACACCUGUAGAUCGCGUACAGUGCUCGCAAGAUUAUGCUACAGAUAUUCCCUCGUAUCAAAACUACAUCGUUUGUCCAGCGCAAGCAGUUGGCUAUUUCGUUUAUCCCUUCGAUGGCCUGCUAUACAUAGAAUGCCUCGAUGGGCGAACGCUUAUUCAGAAUUGCGCACAAAAUACGGUAUUUAGCAUUUCCAACCAAAUUUGCAUACCCACUGAUGAAGCAGAAAGCACAGACUACGUGUUGUUACGCUCGGAUUGGCAGCAUAUAAAUCCUGGUUAUGCCACAUAUGAUCACAAAGUGGAAUGGAGUGCUUUGGAUACGAACUCUGUUGGUGCUCACACACAGAGCUCUGUCGAUUCUACACAGUCUACAAUUUGCGCAGAAAGUGAAUCAGGUCUUUAUCCACAUCCAACUGAUUGUAAGAAAUUCCUACGUUGCGCAAACGGCAUAAGCUAUGAGAUGGAUUGUGGUCCGGGUACUGCAUUUAAUGCCGCGCUUGAAGUUUGUGAUUUUGAGAAUAAAGUUGAUUGUUCCAGUCGUUUGGGCAUUGGUGAUUUGCAAGUUCGCAAUAGUCCAGCUGUAGCAUGUCCUGUGGGCGCUUCUGGCAUCUAUCCGCAUCCUUUGGAUUGCAAAAAGUUUCUUCAUUGUGAUAAUGGCAUAGCAACUAUAAAAGAUUGCGGUCCUGGUACGGCUUGGAAUGUUAAAAUGGAAACAUGCGAUUUUAUGGCCAAUGUUGGCUGUGCAGACGGUGGUGUCCGUCAAGAGGAGACGCCUGAAGAUAAUGGCGGUCAUGGGUAUGAUGCGAACACACAUUUCCAAGCACCUACACCACAAUCCAACAACAGGAACCCCACACGUAAUGACUGGAGAUCGCAACCUAAUAGUGCUCCCUCACAUCAUAGAGGUACAUACGAUAGUCAAAGUUACGGAGGCAUUCCAACAACGCCAUCUUCCCGAACAAACACGCGUGGCGAUCGUUGGUUUAAUAUGGACAGGCAGCGCCCAGUGCCACACGACGACACACGUUUUAUACCCGGAGGUAACUACAAUCCAGAUUAUGAUCGACAGCAACGGCUACCCGUUUACGGCAAAGACUUGCAACACAACAACGGUCCAGCUAGUUGGGCCGGCACGGAUGCUGCACUUGAUCGCCAAACGCCCACACAAAGUGUCAUCUAUGAAGAGGGAUCGCUAGAACCAAAUCCUGACUCCUUGCCAGCCGCAUCCGUUAAUAGGAAUGUAUACGCAAAUGCGACCACAAAUAUUUACUAUGCGCAGCCUGUUGGUUCAGAAGAAAACUCAGAUGAAGUCUUUGACUCCAAUGCUGAUUCGCAACCGUCUGCGCGCACGCCCUUCGAUCGCAAUGACAACAAGUGGAUUCCAAUACCGAAUCAAGUGCUUCUACCACCAAAACGCACCACUGAGCAACAAAGCGUUUUGCAGGUUUCUGCACCAGCAAACACCUACGCACCAGCAACUCAUGUUACACCCCCUUCGAGACGCGCAUAUAAUCCGCCUACAACAGUGUCUCAAAAUGCCAUUGAAGCCUCUAAUCUUUAUGGUGGCUUGCAACCACCACCACCACCCACAACUGCCCAAACUGCUUACUCCAUCGUUUCGAUUCGAAAUCAAAAUUCACCACCGGCUCGCGUCAAUCCCACGCAGUCUUCGCCGCCGCCACGUCCCACUGGCAGAUCGUUAGUAGAUUCAUUUGAACCCAUACGUGGUUUUAGCACGAAUGUUGAUGGCAAACCCCAUUUACUGUCUUCACCUUCGAACACAAAUUUAUAUCAAACUGAAAUUUUGACAAGCACUCCUGCAAAUUACCUUCAACCUCCAACCAUACCUACCGCUGUCACAAAAACUCUUUCUGCUGGCACAACACGUUUAAAGCAAGUACAUCCCUUUCUAGAGAAUACAACUGUAGCAAUGUUCUCUAAAGAUCCCCACUACAGUGGUUCCUAUUCGAAUGUAGCACACGCGAGUCCACCAAAAUCUAUUGACCCGCAAGCCUAUCAGAGCGCCGAAAAUCUGCCAAUGGCUGAUGCCUUACGCUUACUUUUGCGUCCCUACUUCAAUCGAAGUGGCACGAUUUCGGAGGAUAGCGCUGAAAAGGCUGAGUCGCAUAUAAUGAAGCUUACAGCGGAACAGCCAUCUGAGCAUUCUGUUAUGAAUACAUUACCUCAUACAACUACCAACAAAUCCAAAGUUGGUGCCGAAAAUGAAAAGGAGGUUGAACUUAUACUUGCAGGUGAACAGCAUAGUUUGAUCACAAACCCAACUGAAAACAGCGUACACGGGUCACGUACAGAUAUCUAUUCGAAAAAUACAAAGCAAGAAUCUAAAAAUAAUCCUAAUUGGCAUAAUCGCGGUCAUAAUCGGGAAUUCCACCGUACACAUCCAAAUUUAUUAAAUCCCUUUGAUGAGGUUGAUCAGUCAAGUCCUCAUAAUGUGCAUCCUCAUCGCCACAACCACAAUCACAAUAGAGCAUUCCAUGAGCGGCAUCCUGAAAUGCCAAAUCCGUUCGCAACACCCGUUACGCUGCGUACUGUGCCUACAACUACGAAUAAUUUUGAUUUGACGGAUGCAAAUCCACCAAAUCCAUAUGCGGAGUCAACCACCCCUUUUAGUGUUCGACCUGAGAUAGAUUUGAGAGCAGGCCAGGAUGUGGAUUGCCAGUUUGAUUGUGGAAAUGGAAAAUGUGUGAAGUCCUUUGAGGUAUGCAACGGCAUUAACAAUUGUGGUAAUCGUAAGGAUGAAGAUAAUUGUAAACAUUUGGGCUAUGAGGUGCGUUUAGCUGGUGGCGAAAGUGCAAACAUGGGACGUGUUGAGGUUAAAAUCCUCGGAAAAUGGGGCUAUGUAUGCGAUGACAAAUUUGGGCUGCGUGAUGCUGAAGUGGUUUGUCGUGAGCUGGGCUUUAAACUGGGAGCCAGCGAAGUGCGCGGCUAUUCAUAUUAUCCACCCACUGAGACGGAAGUAUCGUUCGUCAUGGAUGAAGUGGAUUGCCGAGGUGAUGAAUCUUCGUUGAGGGAAUGCAAUUUUAAAGGUUGGGGCGUCAGCAAUUGCGGACCAGACGAAGUAGUUGGCGUGGUUUGCAAAGUACCACAACUCAAAUGUCCCAACAACUAUUGGCUAUGCAGCACGUCACAAGAAUGCAUACCACCUGCCUUCGUUUGUGAUCAUACACCAGAUUGUGCCGAUAAGUCGGAUGAGAGCGAUAAUGUUUGCAAUUCACCCGUCGAGUAUCGCCUGCAAGGUGGCCGCAGUGCGAGUGAAGGACGUCUCGAAGUUAGAUACCGUGGUGAGUGGGGAACUGUAUGCGACGAUGAUUUCGGCUUGAAAGAGGCUCAAGUUAUAUGUAAUUCUAUGGGUUUUUACGGAUUACCGACCAUUGCAAAGAAUGUAUACGGACCGGGCAGUGGCCCCAUUUGGUUGGAUCAGGUGUCCUGCUUUGGCAAUGAAACUUCAUUGGAGCAGUGCAAUCACUGGACUUGGGGCGAACAUAAUUGCAAUCACACCGAGGAUGUUGGUCUCAAAUGCACUGUGGGAGUUCAACCACAGAAAGUGAGCACACCGCAAGCAGAUAGGAACCAUGCAGACGGCAACGACCGAAAAGAGUUAGAUGAUCCGCAACAAGAAUUAGAAGAUAUUGGUCUAUUCUCCGAAUGGGAGCGCAAAAGCAAGGCGAUUGGCACGCAAAGGCGUCGAUGCGGUCAAUUCAAAGACGAUCUGCUUGACGAAUAUGCCCACCCAGAAGAGAGAGUUGUAAAUGGCAGCCUGGCGAAACGUGGUCAUCAUCCUUGGCAAGCAACAAUACGCACACGCGGCAGGGGUGGCAUAUCGAGCCAUUGGUGUGGCGCUGUGCUGAUUUCUUCGCGUCAUCUUCUCACCGCAGCGCAUUGUCUCGCUGGUUAUCCGAAGGGUGCUUAUCUGGUACGGUUGGGUGAUCAUUAUGCCAAUAUAGCUGAGGCUUCUGAAAUAGAUUCGUUCAUUGAAAAUUGGUAUGUGCACGAAAAAUUCCGUGACGCAACGCAUAUGAAUAACGAUAUUGCGAUGAUUGUGCUGAAAACACCGGUCAAAUUUAAUGAUUAUAUACAACCGGUGUGCUUGCCGAGUAAGGGUGCCACUGUAACAGAGAAUCGCAAGUGCACAAUUUCCGGCUGGGGCUCUAUUAAGUCCGGUGUUUCAACUCCUUCAAAUAUCUUACGCGCCGCUGAAUUGCCUAUACUGUCCGAUGAUGUUUGUAAGCAGCCUCAUGUUUAUGGCGCCAGCUUAACUGAGGGCAUGUUCUGUGCCGGUUAUAUGGACGAGAGCGUGGAUGCUUGUGAUGGCGACUCUGGUGGGCCGCUGAUUUGUCAUGACGAGGAUGGUGAAACACUGUAUGGCAUAAUUUCAUGGGGACAACACUGCGGCUACGCAAAUAAACCGGGCGUAUAUGUGCGCGUUGAAAAAUACGUGGAUUGGAUAAUGGACAAAAUUAAUUUUUCCAUACAAAAUGCUACAUAAUUAAGAAUGAACGUUGAACUCGAAAUGGAAAUUUAAUAUUUUUAUAAACAAUUUUUUAAUGUACAUAGAUACAUAGUGGUUUAAGUAGUGCUAGAAUUUGUAUCAGACGUAGAUAAAAUAAAGGGAAAUCUAACAAAGGUGUAUGGUCCAUUA